AAAAGCUGAGUGUAUUGUGAUUACAAUUUUUAGAGAUGUCGGUCUACGAAAAUCCUAAUUGUGGUCGUUGUGGAAAGAAAGUUUAUCAUGCGGAGCGAAUGGCUGGUGGGGAUACCUACUGGCACAAAGUUGGAUGUUAUACUUGUAAAGUAUGCAACGUUAGGUUAUCUUCAACUACAGUAGCCGAAGCCAAUGACGAGCACGAAAUAUACUGUAAGUCAUGUUACGGUAAACUAAGAGGUCCUAAAGGAUACGGUUAUGGCGCAGGGGCUGGAACUUUAAGUAUGGACUCUGGUGGUAAAUACGAAAGUCAUACUGGGCCUCUUGUAUCAAGUGAUUCGCAGAUUUAUUUUGGGGGAAAUAAAUGCCCAAGAUGCGGUGGCUCUGUUUAUCAUGCAGAAGAAGUCAUAGGAGCUGGAUGUUCUUGGCAUCGACAUUGCUUUAGUUGCUUUAUUUGUAAAAAGAAGCUGGAUUCUACAAACUGCCAAGAAAAUGAUGGUCAAAUUUACUGCAAAUCGUGUUACGGUAACCAAUUUGGACCAAAAGGCUACGGAUAUGGUGGAGGAAGUGGAGUUUUAACACACACUACUUAGAUCAAUUUUUUAAAGAAAUAAACAUUACCGUUGUAUUAUAAAAUAUUUCCAAUAUAUGAUAUUUAUAACA